AUGUCCACUGUACAGCCUGUGACAAACUUUACCAUAGUGGUCCUGAAUACCACAACCACAACCAAGUCAAGAGAACAAAUUCUCACCCAGAGUUCUGGAGCUAUGAUUGCUAUCAUUGUCAUCGGUAUCAUAAUCAUUCUUACUCUACUGCUCAUUAUUCUGAAGACAUACAACAGGAGGACUCAUGCGUCCAGAAUGCUUGGUAACAGCACCAAACCUCGGAAGAAGAUGUCUUCCUCCACAACCAACACAAAUGUACCCUUGAGCAAUAUCGCUGCAAGCUCCGUCUCUGGAAGUGUCACGCACUUUUCAGCGUCGUCAGAAAACGGCUUCCAUCUACCCCGUGUGAACCUAAACAGCCUGGAGCAGCAGAGUACAACCAGUGGCUCCACCGUGGUCACCAUACAUGACACUCCAUCAGUAGAGAACACAUAG